AUGAUAAAGAAAUUUUCUUUAAACUUUAUCUCAUCUGAACUCGAAAGCUCAUUUAAAAAAUGGAUGAUUGAACAAAAUCAAUUCAUAUAUUAGACUACUCUUGCCACAAUCACAAUUUAUCUUAUAAUCAAUCUAAUCACUAACAAUAACGACCUCAUUUUCAUUAUUACAACCUCAAUCUGUCUUUGCCUUGAAUUAACAAUACUAUUUUUCUAUCAGAAAUAUCCUUUUUAAAGGGAAUAAAUUCAAAGCUUGAACCUCAUUAUUUUUAGUAUAGCUUUGGAUAUUUAUUUGAUCUAAAACCAAGCCAUAGAAAUUGGGAUCAUGAAACAUUGUAUGUAAUAAAUUAUUAUAGAAAAGUAUUAUAUCUAUAGGGAAAUCGAUUUAGAUGCCAAACCUUAAUUUUUCUUCUUAAUUUUGGAGUUGAGGUUUCGAUAUCUAAAUGGGAUGUAUUUAGUCAAAUAAAAUAUGGUUUAUUUAGAUUAUUUAUUAUUUUCUUUCGUUAUUAGCUUGAGAUGAAAAGAAGAUAACAUUAUCUGGCACAUAGAUCUUAAUUAUAAUAUGAAAAUUUAAUUGAAGAACAAUUACCAACUUGGAUAGUCAUGAUUAAAUAUGAUAAAUAGUAAGGCUAAUUAAAGAUUGAAAAAAUAAAUAGAAUUAUGAAAGAAACCUUCAAUUUCUUAAAUGAUCAAAAAUUUAGAGAGUUUCUAAGAGAUUCAAAUAUACAACCACUUGAAGGAUCUACUAAGAAACAUUUCAAUUUUGAAGAUGUCUUAUCAAAAGAGCUGUUAUUUAAAUCAUAAACUAAUCAAAUUACAAAGUAUGUCGGUCAAUUUAUAAACAAUGAAAAAAAAUGGUAAUUUUAAAUAACCAAAAUCUACUUAAAUUCAAUAGAACCAACAAUAUUAUUAUUGUUUAUAGAAUAAGGAGGAAAUUUAUAUGAAUUUUACAAUCAUCAAUUGAAAUGGAGAGAUGAAUAAUUAGUUAAUCAUAGCAAGCAAUGUUUAAAUUAUAUCAAGGAUUAAAUAAACAUUCUAAAAUUUCUCAAAUAAUAAGUAAAUGUUUAGUAAAUAUAUUAAAUAACAAAUUCUAUCAGUAAUAGUUAUAUUCUUUUUAAUUAAAGCUUGAAUAUAUACAAUAUAACAUAGAUCACUUAUAGUAAGUUAAAAUAUAAAAUCAAUGAAUUUAAAUUAAUUGAUUUAAUUAACUAAUUAAAGGAAGAUCUAAAAUUUACUAAUAAUUAAUUAAAAAUGAAUAUAAUCUUGAAAACAGAUCGUUCAAAAAUGAUAUCCAUCAUUUUGAGUAUAUCUGAAUUUAUAAAGAUUAUGUUGGCCAUUAUAUCAAAUGAUGAAAAGAUACUAUAUGAAUGUCAUCCUUAAGGAUUUCCAAUCUAAAUUAAUUUCAAAAGGAUGAAAUAUCAAAAAGGAUGUUUAAAAAUAACAAUGAAACAUUAAAAUCUAAAGAUUCCGCACUAAAUAAAAGAAGCAUUGCUAAAAACAUCAUCAUAUACUGAUCAUAAAAAAAGGAAUUGGGGAGUAAAUCACUAUUAUGAAAACAUCUAAAAUUUAAGUGAUUAAAUAUAAAAUUUUAAUAUAAAAGCUUAGAAAGCUACAAAAAGUCAAAUAUCUUUAUUAGAUAUAGAUUCAACAUCAUAAUAGAAGACUAAAGAAAUGAGUUUGAGAGGAAGUACAGAGCCAUUUAGCACUUUAGGCUUACCUUUAGCAUAAUAUUUAGUUUGUCAAUUAGGACCAAAUAAUCUAAUUAAUUUUAAAGAUACUAAAUCAUAAAAUAUGGGAGAUUCCUUGUCAUUUCGAAAUUUUAGUCCAUACACAAAGAUAAGUUUUUUGAUCUAUGAAGAUUUGAAUGAAUUUAUAUAUCAAUUGAAUGAGCAAGAUCCAGAUCCUUAUUUAGAAGGCUGUAUUUCAAAUGAAAUAUAGUAAUCUACAUUUAAAACAUUCUAAAGUCUAUCUCCAACCCAUAAGCAAAAAAGAAAAAGUCAAUAAUCAUUAAUCAAUACUUAAUUAAAUUGA